UGUGCCCUGUGAAGAACGCGAUGAAAACAGAACUGCUUGUUGGAAUCAUUACUGUUGCACUCUUCAUCAUUUAUUUCAUAGCCAGAAGACGGCGCAGAAAACAGAACAAACGACCUGUUAAGCCUGGCACAGUUGUCUUACACCAGUUUCUUCCCUCACCCUUAUCUUUGAGUGGCUCCCCGCCAUGUUUAAAACUGGAAACGUUCCUUCGCAUGGCAAAGAUUCCAUACGAGAGCAGAUAUGGUUUGAAAUUUUCAAAAAAGGGUAAAAUUCCGUGGAUCGAGUUAAACGGAGAAGAAAUUGCCGAUUCCAAUUUCUGCAUUCGCUUUUUAAGGAAUGAAUUCAAAGUUGACAUCGACUGCUCUCAUUUGAGCGACGAAGCGAAAGGACUUGCUCACAGCAUUCAAACCAUGUUGGAGGAGAACACGUAUUGGGCCCUUUUUUACUACCGCUUUUUUUCACCGGAUUAUGCCAUGUACACGCGAAUGCAGCUGUUUGGAAGUUUUUCCUGGCCACUCAGAUAUGUGAUAUUCUACUUUAUACAGAGGCGAUGUAGAGGAGAUGUGUGGUCCCAGGGUAUUGGGCGACACUCGGAACAAGACGUGUAUGGAAUAGCUAAGAGGGAUCUCCUUGCGGCGUCGGCAGUUUUGGGGGAAAAGAAAUUCCUUUUUGGAGAUAAACCCUGCCUCGCCGAUGCUGUUCUUUUCGCCUUUAUUGCAUGUGCCACGUGGAAUUGUCCUCAAAGUCCUUUUGCCGAGCUCACCAAGACUAAAGCAACAAAUCUUGAGCGGCAUGCCCAGCAAAUGAAAGAUCUUUACUAUCCCGACUGGGAUGAAAUCACAGAGAAGCUUAAAUCUGACUGAAUUCUCGUAAAGAUCUUUCUUUAUUCCCUAUGUUUGUUAUUAUUUUUAUUCAUAACGAAUGGAUUUGGAUGACCGUUAGAAGAGCACCGACAUACGUGGAUUUGCACUUUACUAUUACUUACUCUUUGCACCAAUUGUGCGAUCGACGUUUUGCAAGACAGUUAGGUUGUAGCAAAGUUGAAGUAGGGCGCUGCAAACUUUGUCGAAAAGUUGAAACAAACGGCAGUGAGGCCCUUUCUUUAAAUCCCUUUGCUAAUUCUAAAUAUCUUAGAAAUAAUGACACAAUUUUUUCCUUAUUUUUAUUUAUGCUUUGCAAAAAGACGAACACCAUGAUACACUAACAAACUAUUUAAAGCACAAACUCACGAUCACCAGAUGUCAGGAAAAAAACUGUUUAAAACACAGAAUAAAAAAUGAUGCUAAUAAUAAUAAAUUACAGUACACUGUACGUGAUACAGAAUAGACUCAUUACAGUACAUAAGUCUUAUUACACACAUUAGACUUACGAUGAAAAAUCUGAUUGGUCGAGAGCAUUCAAUCAAUAUAUACAAUAAUGGGUUAAGUUGAAAUCUGAUUGGUCGAGAGCAUUCAAUCAAUAUAUUCAAUAAUGGGUUAAGUUGACAUGUUAACCCAAGUCUGCAGCAGAUAUUGCAUUUAUCAUGACGAGUUUAAAGUAUGCCUUGUUUCAAAGUUCCGCGUCCUUGUAGUGUGUCUUCUUUCGAAGAUUAUUCAAGAAAUGUAUAAAACAAUUAUUGAAUUCUGUUUUCGCAUGAUGUCAUGAAUUAUGAAAUCUCGCGUCUGAGUCAUCUGCCUCUGAGUCAUCUGCCUCAGCCAUAGGCAGUUUAUAACCUCUCGGCUUCGGGAUAUAUCUCAGAUCUCGGUUUCGGUAAUUCAUGAUUACAAAUAGGUAAAGGUAAAGUAAGGUAAACUUUCUUUGAUAAGUAGGUUGAGAUUGUUUGGCAGCCGAAGGGCUGAUGUGGACCUACUAUACACAAUCAAAAUUUGACAAACACAAAAGAUGUUAACAAAAGAAUAAAAGCUAU